AUGGCUGGUGUAUGGCGCUAUAUGUUGGCAGUUGUGGUGAUAUGUGUGUGUUUGUGGGGUUUCAGUGAGGCCGUAGGGGGGGCAGUGAGUCGACCACGACCUCAAAGACGACCUCGCAAGCCAAAGGUCGCCCCGGUUACCGUGACCCCACCAGUCCAGAGCAUAGACAUACAGCAGAUGACAGGAAGAUGGUACCUGCUGAACACUGCCUCUAAAUGCUCCUACCUGAUAAAACAUGGAACCAAAGUGGAGCCCACCGUCAUGACCCUCACUCUCCCCUCGUCCUCCAACCAAACCCUGUCUGUUAGCACUAAGACCCGAUAUAAUCACCAAUGUUGGGAAAUAUUGCAGGUGUAUGAUCUAACUUCAACAGCAGGCAGACUGACACUUAAAGGAACUCGCCCUGAGCUCAACACUGAAAUAGUCAUUGGGGACACAGAUUACAGCUCCUAUGCAAUCAUCUACUAUCACAAACGUGACAAAGUCACCAUGAAACUCUACGGGCGGUCUGUGGACAACCUGUCAGAACCAACACUGUCCAAGUUUGAAGAACGUGCAGAACAGCAGAACUUGGGACUGGCUUACCUGUUUCCAUUUCCUACAUACAGUCAUUGUGGUGAUGUGGACCAGGACCAUGUGAUCAACUGUGUCCCCACAUGUUGAAGGUGCAGACAGAGUGUAGCCCUGUGGAACUCAGCUGUAUAUACAGAACCGAUAUCAGCUCAAAUGGGAAUAAAGUGAGAUUGUAAUACUAAACUGGGAAACUACCAACUUUACUGUAAAUUUGAACAAUAUGAGUUACAAAUGAAUAAAAG